CGUCGUCGUUGUUGCUCCACAAUCUGGAGAAAGAAAAGGAGCUGCUACGUAUCUUCCUGAGAGUCUCUCAAAUGGAAAAUAUUCUUCUUCGUCGAAUGAACCUGUCUUCUUUCCUCAUGGUUCCAGUUCAAAGAGUUACCAAAUAUCCGUUGCUCCUAACCCGCCUUUAUAAAGUGACGCCAUUUCAUCAUCGAGACAAGGAGACAAUAAAAGAAGCCAAACAGAAAGUGGAACUACACUUGGAACAUAUCAACCAGCAAACCAAAGGAGUGAGCGAAACCAGGAUAUGGAGAAGGAUAUCUAACAUAUCUGCUUCAAAUCGCCGACUUUCAAACGGAGACGACAUCGGUAGCAUCAAACUUAGAAAGAUGGCGUUAGAAGUACUCAACUGGAAUCGAGAUGAGGUCCGUUUCGUAAUGGCCGGUAGACUACAGUUCUAUCCAAUGACAGACAUGCCGUGGGGCAAGAAGGGGAAGCCGCAGAAGUUCAACACGGUUCACGCAUUACUUGUUACGUUAGGAAAACCAAAUUCUAAUUAUAAACCCGAUCUGGCCAAUGAAAACUCCAUCCUGUUUCCUAGAAACACGGGAAUAAGAAAUGCCACGUUACUUCUGAUGAAAGAAAAAAACGGACGGUAUAUACUAGUGAAGGAUCCGAUGCACCUUGGCAACUGUGUCAUUAGCUCCGAUCCUGAAAAUUAUGAGACUUUUGAAGUCCAGGAAUACACAACAAAAGAAACUUAUUUUUUUAAGGCUGAUACAACGAAGGAGUCUAGUGAGUGGUUGAAACAGCUGCGAUACCACGCGAAAGAUCUCGGGACAUGGCGAAAACGAAGGAACGCCCUCGCAAAUAUCAUGAUCAAUGGGAUGGUGCGGUAGUGAUGUCAUUUCAACACUUUAUCGUAUAUAUAAACCAAGAACUUUAAAUUAAAGGUUUGAAUAUUGUUAUCGUGAGAAAAGAUAACUGUUGAGAUGAUGGGCAGAUUGAGAGUGGUAAAAACUGAAUUUUCUUAAAUAAAAUUAUCUAUCUUGUCAAUGUACUUUCUUGGCCGCUGGUAGGCCUAAUAAACGAGAACACAGGUAA